AUUUUUCCACCGCGGAACCAAAUGCGCAGUCACAGUUUCCACGGAACCUUUUGCCGCCGGACCGACUGAACGGAAGUUUCCUGCGUCGCUUGCGGAGGUCGUGUUGAGCCGUUCUUGUCAGUGACAUUCAGGAUAAACAUUGACCGGUGUUGAUCCGGGAGUAACGGGGAGAAACGUUUGCAGCCGCGCAUCAGUCAUGGCGAAGAAAAAGCAACUUCGUCUCAUAGCAGAAAUGGCCCGAAAGAUCCGGGCGUACCGAGAACUCAAGUCCCGGCCGCGUGAGUCACAGAAAUACGCCCUGGACUACGGCACGAUGAAGCGGCCCCACACAGGGAAGAUGCUGCCUGUGCUGGCCUGGCAGGAUGUCCGCAGGGAGAGUCGCCUCUUCUCCCUGCUGGCAGGUAUGAGGCUGUUCGGAGUGGGCCGCCUCUUUACGCGCAAGUCCUGGCUGGAGGACCACACAGAGCCCAGCUACUGGCAGAUCACCAAGGUCAAGGUGGACUACACCUCUGAGAACAUGGAUCAUGGCAAAGCGUGGGGGAUCCUCACCCUCAAAGGUAAACAGGAGAGCGAGGUCAAGGAGGUGGACAAGGUAAUGUACCACGACUGGCGCCUGGUUCCCAAACACAUGGAGCAGCAGUUCAAGGACUUUGAGCCGGUCCCUGAGCCGCCUGUGCGCUACGUCCCCUACCCUCCCCUGCUGCGCGCCAUGCUGCUGGCUAAGCACAAGAAGGCAACAGGCGCCGUAUUGGCCGAGGAGCCCGUCCUGCCUUUAAAGAGGGAUGUCCUGCUCAGCAAAGACUAUUUCCGCAGUCAGGAGCAAGAGGCGCAGAGGACGGAGGGGACAGCGGUGUGAUAAUUGUGUUGCUGAAGAUGAAACGUUGGACAUUUUGGACCAAAUCAAUGUUGACAGAGGUCUCAACGUCUUCUGUGCAAGUGCAUUGGAAUCCGUCAGCUCAAUGUCCUGAUAAGUCCUGGACUCAAAUGACUUCUCUGUAGUAGGUCUCUACAAGUGUGAUGUGUCUAUGCAUUGUGGUAAAUAUUAAAUAUUAAGGUGAAAUAC